AUGUCAAUUUACACUACCAUAACUGCUUCAUUACCAUUUAUUGAAGUUGAUUUAAAUUUAACUCCACAACAAAUGUUUAUGUUUAUUAAUGGUCUCAAGUAUAUUUUACCAUGUCAAAGACGAUUUUCUUCUAACACUCUGAAACAACGUGUUAGUGAACAAUAUCAAAGUAUAUCAACCACAGUUAAAAAUUGUCUAAAGGAUCAUCGAGUACCAGUAGCCGAUUAG